AUGUCCUCGAACCCAGACAAGGAGGUUGUGCUCGUAACAGGGGCAACCAACGGUAUCGGUCUAGACACCGUCAUUUAUAUCGCAUCUGCAUCUCCAAAGUACCAUGUCAUAAUCGGCGCGCGCAACAUGUCGAAAGGCGAAACAGUCUUGAAAGAUGUGCAAGCCAAGGCAGGCAUCCAAGGCACACUCUCCCUAGUGCAACUCGAUGCCAAUGACGACGAUUCUAUCAAAGCUGCGGUCAAGAAGAUUGAGGAGGACUUCAGCAAGCUCGAUGUGCUUAUUAACAACGCUGGUAUAUGUCCCGAAAGAGACGGCACAUGGCCGGACCGGGAGCUGAUGCGCACCACGUUCGAAACCAACGUCUUUGGCCCUACCAUCCUCACAGAAGCCCUCAUUCCCGCAAUGAAGCGCUCAUCCAAUCCGCGCAUCAUCAACGUGUCCUCUACUAUGGGUAGCAUCACUUUGAUCUCCGAUCACAACUCUCCCUACGCCCAGGUUAAAUACCCCGGAUAUCGCAUGACUAAAGCUGCGCUCAACAUGUUGACGGCAUACCAGUACGUCCAGCUCAAGCCGGAUGGCUUCAAGGUCUGGACGUACUGCCCAGGCUAUGUGGUGACGGACAUAGGAGACGACAAAGAGCAAAGAAAGGAACAAGGCCUUGAGAGUUCAGAGACGAGUGCGCUAGGACUGUUACAAAUUGUGCAAGGCGAGAGAGAUGCUGAUGUAGGAGGAUUUGUCGGCAGAUAUGGACAGAAGUAUGGUUGGUAG